UAUUUUAUUCGUACACUUGGUGAUUACCUGUCACAAACAGAAUCUCAUAAGGACGCAUAUGAAACAAACUUUAUCUGUAUUUGGAUAUGCUUUUCAGGUCGUACCCUGUGGAAGUGGGUCGUUUUUCUCUUUUGAAAGGCGUUUGACACUCAAAAUCACUAUUCACAACAGGUGCGCAGGUCACACCAUGUAUAUUUUUAAAGUUUCUGAUAGGCAUACGUAUUUUAUUUAGCUUAUAGAUACUUUGUUUUAUAUUUUUAUGUUUGGAUACAACCGUUGACAGUUCGUUAUUUUGUGAUCGGGAAAGUCCAGGUUUUUGAGUUAACUAAAACUUUCAAAAAACUCUCCUGAAGAAUACCUUUUCGUACUGUCCCAUGGACAUACGCCUUGAAGUCACUUAACGAUAUCGAAGUUUGUUUAGAUUCGAAAUGACAAGGUGUUUAAACAAUGUUUAACAUCUGAAAGCUCACUGGAUUGUGUUUUACAUUUGUGAGCCAGCGAAAUAUUCCAGACAGCUCGGUUGGCGCAACUUCUCAGCCAAGUUGCACCGAAACCGACUUUUAAACUUUUAAUGGAUCACAAUUGUAAAGGAACCCACGUCUGGGGAACAUAUGGAUUAUAACGAUGUCCUGGGCGUAGUGUGUGGAGAGACUAGUUUUAUGCAGCAAGUUUACUUUUAGAAUUUGUUUUUCGGAUAUGGCGUGCUAUCGGGCAUGUGCGUGUUGCCUGACUGAGGAAGAGCAGAAGGCAAUCUCUGUGGACAGGGAAAUUAAAAAACUCAUCCGAAAGCAGAAAGACAAGGAACGCAAAGAAAUCAAAAUCCUUCUACUUGGCACUGGGGAGAGUGGGAAGACCACGUUCAUCAAACAGAUGAGGAUCAUUCACGGAGAGGGAUACAACGAUGAGCAGCGCCUGGCCUUCGCCAAGCUGGUGUACCAGAACAUCUUCACUGCGGUCAAAUCCAUGACCACGGCCAUGACAACCCUCAAGAUCCCUUAUGCCAUCAAAGAGAACCAGACGUACGCACAGUUCGUGCAGCAGGUGGACGCGUGGCAUGUCACCCAGCUGGACCGGGGCUCGGUGGACGCAAUCAAGCGCCUCUGGGCCGACCCCGGACUCAAGGCCUGCUACACCCGCCGUCGGGAGUACCAGCUGCUGGACUCCACGCAGUACUAUAUGGAUAACUUGGACCGCAUAGCUGCACCCAACUACAUCCCCAGUGCCCAGGACGUGCUGAGGGUUCGAAUGCCGACCACGGGCAUCAACGACUACUCUUUCAAAAUGGAGAAGAUUUUUCUCAGGAUAGUGGACGUUGGGGGCCAGAAAUCAGAGAGGCGCAAGUGGAUCCACUGCUUUGAGAAUGUGAUGUCGCUCAUCUUCCUGGCGUCCCUCAGCGAGUACGACCAGGUGCUGGAGGAGCAGGAGACCGAGAACCGCCUGGAGGAGAGCCUGGCCCUCUUCUCCACCACCAUCCACUCCCAGUGGUUUGAAGACACAUCCGUCAUCCUCUUCCUCAACAAGACGGACAUCCUGAGCGACAAGAUCAAGACCUCGGACCUGCAGACCUACUUUCCCGAUUUCAGAGGGAAGAAGCGUGACGCUGAGGAGGCCCAGCAGUUCAUCAAACAGAAGUAUCUAGACAAGGCCAAGGACAAGCCCAAAAGCCCACUGUACUGCCACUACACCUGUGCCACGGACACGCAAAACAUCCGCAAGGUCUUCAAGGACGUGAAGGACACUGUGCUCAAAAAGAUACUUGAUGACUUCAUCCCGUCAUAGACAGGGAAUGCUGCUUAAAGCACGAAUGCAAUGUUGGGUAACUCUACCCCUGCAGUACGGUGUCUUUCCGUUCUCCUCUUACAAGUACUUACUCUUUUAUUUGUGUUCCACACUCAUGUUUAAUUUAGUCAAUUAUCACACUCUUUCCCUCUCAGUGCUCAAAUGGAUGCAGAGUGGGCCAGGAGCUGAGAUUCCCUACAUCUCCAGUCUCUCUUUAUCUUCAACUAAUUCAAUUCAAUUCAGUUCCGUUUUAUUUGUUUAGCGGUUUCCACAGCAGACUGUCCCAAAGACGCUUUACAGAGUAACAGAAGGGAAUAGAAAAAAUGGAAAUACCAGCCCUGAGCCCUCAAAUAGCAAAUGAGGUAAACCACUCAGUGGGACAAAACCCUUCAAACAGUGGCGAGAAAAAACUCCCCGAUGGGAAAAAAUCUCAAGAGGAACCAGGCUAUAGGGGGAUGCCAAUCCUCCUCUGGCCUAUAGGUUGAAAUGGUAACAGUUUAUGUAUUAAACUAGCAUGUGAUCCAGAAAGUCCACAUGGAUGGCUGUGGUCUGGAGUUCAGAAGGGAGGGGGAUGAAUCAAGGAACAAAGAAGGAUGUUAGGCGCAACAUCUUUAACUAGAGGCUAUGAAGGCCUUUAGCGUAGAAUGAGCCCCUGGAGUUCCAUGUACCCAGUCCGCACCUCUCAGGAGUCGGUGACUCGCACCUCUCCUCAGUCGGGAUACACCUCCUCAGGAGGCCUCUACCGUCCUGCGACGCUCUUCUCAAAAACCCUCUUUGGCCACUUGAUCUUCUCCGCACCCAGUAGAUCAAUUCUUUACAGCCGCAUUUUUAUGCUGCUGUGCGAGUUAGCGUGAUGGGAUACAAAUUGUCUCUUUGAACCAGACAACACAAUAGGACAGCAGCUGUUCUACCUUUAGAAGCUCCACAGUACUGCGUUGCUGUUCUCAAAAACACUGUUUUGGCCACUGGAUACCAACCCUGGGUGACCUUCUCUACACCCAGUAGAUCAAUUCUUUGCAGACGCAUUUUUACGCUGCUGUCCGAGUUAGUGCGAUGGGAAAACUAAUCGCCUCUUUCAACUAGACAAACACAAAAGACAGCAGAUAUUCUAUCUUUAGAAGCUCCACAGUACUGCAUUGCUGUUCUUGAAAACACCGUCUUGGCCACUGGAUACCCAGUCCCAGGUGACCUUCUCGACACCCAGUAGAUCAAUUCUUUCCAGUUUUGUUUUUCCAGUACUGUUAAUGUCAGCAUGGUGGAAAAUGAUUAGCCUCUUUGAAACAAACAAACUAAAAAAGGACAGCAGCUAUUUCUGCACUCCCCUCUCGGUCUCCAGUGUCUGUGCUGGAGGGAGGCACCAAAACCAUUUUGAUCUCUGGUGACACAGACUUUUUCUGAGCAGGAUAAGAAUCGAUUAAGUUCUCACCAUAGCCUGGCUGUGCUCAGGACUCCUGUGGUCUCCUGGGUGGGACCUCUGAGUGAUGGCUUGGCCAUUUAAUGUAUAAUCUCAUGACCCAAGCAAAUGCUCCAAUCACAAGGCCUCUUUUGACCUUGUAAUUUUGGUUGGCAGACGGGUGAUUGAGGAGAUCUGUAGCAUUGGGCAGAUCAGGCAGCCUGUAGCCUAGUGGUUAAGGUACAUGACUGGGACCCGCAAGGUUGUGUGGUUCAGUCGUCGGUGUGGUUCAAGCCAAGAUUAGCUGUUGGAUUAUUAUGUGGCAUCAUUGCAAUGCAUACGAUCAUGUACAGCACUGUGCAAAAGUUGUAGGCAGGUGUGAAAAAAUGCUGUAAAGUAAGAAUUCUGAGCACAGCAACAAGACACAAGGCUCUGCCAGGCAGAAAUUCUAAGGCAGAGAGGGGUUUCCAGAUGUGCUGUCCAAGCUCUGUUGAAGAAGCACAAAGAAACGGGCAACGUUGAGGAACGUGAUCUUCAUGGAAGAAUUGCAGCCAAAAAGCCAUACCUCCAACGUGGAAACGAUUCAACUAUGCAUGAAAACACAGGAACUAGGGUGCAGAAAAUUGGCAGCAGGUUCUCUGGACUGAUGAGUCAAAAUGUGAAAUAUUUGGCUGGAGCAGAAGGCAGUUUGUUCGCCGAAGGGCUGUAGAGUGGUACAAGAAUGAAUGUCUGCAGGCAACAGUGAAGCAUGGUGGAGGUUCCUUACAAGUUUGGGGCUCCAUAUCUGCAAAUGGAGUUGGGGAUUUGGUCAGAAUUAAUGGUGUCCUCAAUGCUGAGAAGUAUAGGCAGAUACUUAUCCAUCAUACAAUACCAUCAGGGAGGCAGGGAUUGGCCCCAAAUUUAUUCUGCAGCAGGACAACGACCCCAAACAUACAGCUAAUGUCAUUAAGAACUUUCUUCAGCAUUAAUAAGAACAAGGAGUCCUGGAAGUGAUGGUAUGGCCCCCACAGAGCCCUCAUAUCAACAUCAUCGAGUCUGUCUGGGAUUACAUGAAGAGACAGAAGCAUUUGAGGCUGCCUAAAUCCACAGAAGAACUGUGGCUAGUUUUCUACGAUGCUUGGAACAACCUACCUGCUGAGUUCCUUCAAAAACUGUGCAAGUAUACCUAGAAGAAUCAAUGCUGUUUUGAAGGCAACGGGUGGUCACACCAAAUAUUGAUUUGAUUUAUAUUUUUCUUCUGUUCAUUCACUUCUUCUGUUCAUGCAUUUUGUUAAUUGAUACAAAUAAACUAUUACCAUUUCUAUUUUUGAAAGCAUUCUUAUUUUACAGCAUUUUUUCACAACUGCCUAAAACAUUUGCACAGUACUGUAGAUACGGGUCAGGAGCUUCAGUUAAUGUUCACAUCAACUACCAGAAUGGGGAAAAGAUUUGUCCCAAGUGACUUUGACCGUGGAAUGAUUGUUGGUGCCAGACAGGGUGGUUUGAGUACCUCAGAAACUGCUGAACCUGGGACACACACUUGUGCGUUUGCAAAGAAUGCUGCAAAAAUCCAGUGAGCAGCAGUUUUGCAGACAGAAACUUCUGUUAAUGAGAGACAUCAGAGGAGAAUGGCCAGGCUAGUCAAAGCCGACAGAAAGGUGACAGUAAUGCAAAUAACCACGCAUUACAACAGUGGUAUGGAGAAGAGCGUCUGUGAACACACAACGCAUCAUAACUCUAAGUGGAUAGGCUACAGAACUAGACGUCUAAAAAAAUAGGUCUAAUAAAUACCUAAUAAAGUGCUCACUGAGUGUACAUGUUUUACAGUUACAGAAAAGGAAUUGUGUUUAAAAGUUGACUGAAUGGACCUUGCAUUGUGACAUGCUGCUACUUGUUUUAUGCAGCUAGUCUCUGCAAUCUCCACCGACAGAAAAAUAAGCGUUGUGUAAACAUUGGUGUCGUACUAGAGCUACACCCCCUACACUUGGUCAAGUAUUGUUCAAUAUACAAUUUGAUUAAUAAAUCAUAUUCCUUCUGUUGUUGCCUUUUGUGGACUAAUUAGUAAGCGGACUAUGCAUUUGUAUGACACAUUAAAUUUACUGCAUUGCAUGCAGGUGGAUAAACUGCCUGACAGGAGUUCCUAGCUGUUUAUUUCUGUAAGCCAUAGACAGCAGUUGUCUGGCUGGUCUUGCAUACCAGCUUGUUGACUCCUCUUGAGAUGUCAUGUUUAACUUUGACCUCAAUCUCAGACCCUUUGUCAAUUUUGUGUCCCAGAAACAGAAAAGUCAUGUAGAAAGGUAUUGUGGCUAGCUGCUGUAGUUAUGUUAGAUAGUCUAUUCAAAGAACGAAAAUGUAAGAAAUAUGAACACGCCUAUGGGUGUUGGUUUGUAACCUCUGGUUUGGUUUGUAAACUGGUUUGUAAACUGCUGCAUAAACAUGCCUCCAUUGUGUGAUCAACUAAUAUGUCCCCAGGAUGAUUUGGCUCCUUCACUCUUCGCAUGACAGAGAGAAUUCUCCUUUUAAACAUUUCUCUGAACUUGUACAUUUCUGGUAAACAUUUGGAACCGUGUUGAUACUGCAGCUGUUCAUUAUGGGCCGUGUUUCACAAAGCAGGAUUACUGAGUUAGUCGGAUGACUGCACAGAGUAAAACCCGGAAAAGCUUGU